CCAGACGCCGGCUCUUGGCAGUUACAGCUGGAAUUCCUGCAGCAGGUGGGGCGUGGGGCCUAGACCGGAGCAUGUCCAAAGCUGGAGCCAGGAUCACUUUCUACGAAGACAAGCACUUCCAGGGCCGUCGCUAUGAGUGUGACAGCGACUACCUUGAUUUUCACACCUCCCUGAGCCGCUGCAACUCCAUCCGCGUGGAGGGCGGCGCUUGGGUGGUCUACGAGCGGCCCAACUUUGCCGGGAACAUGUACGUCCUGACCCACGGCGAGUACCCCGAGUACCAGCGCUGGAUGGGGCUGAAUGACCGCCUGGGCUCGUGCAAAGCCAUUCACUUAUCCAGCGGAGGCCAGCACCAGAUUCAGAUUUUCGAGAAGGGGGACUUUGGCGGCCAGAUGUACGAGUCCACGGAGGACUGCCCUUCGGUCCUGGACGAGUUCCACAUCCGGGAAAUCCACGCCUGCAAAGUGCUGGAGGGGGCCUGGGUUUUCUAUGAGCACCCCAACUUCCGGGGCCGGCAGUACCUCUUGGAGAAAGGGGAGUAUCGCAAGCCCGUGGACUGGGGGGCCGUGUCCCCCUCGGUCCAGUCCUUCCGCUGCAUUGUGGAGUGAGGGGCGGGGGCUGAGCGCCCCCCGCGGCCAGGGAACCCGCGUGGCGCCGGCGAAUAAAGCGAGUG